UUUUGCACAUUUGCAAGAUGGCGAGUCGACCGGAACAGCUAGCUCCCCCCGAGGUGUUCUACAAUGACGCCGAGGCGCGCAAGUACACCACGUCGUCGCGCAUGAUCGAGAUUCAGGCGAAACUCACGGAGCGAGCAGUCGAGCUACUCGCGCUUCCCGAUGACGGCACUCCGCGGCUCCUGCUGGACAUUGGUUGCGGCUCGGGGCUGAGCGGGGAGGCGUUAUCUGAGGCAGGGCACCACUGGGUGGGGCUGGACAUCUCGCCCGCCAUGCUGGACGUGGCAGCAGAGCGGGCAGUGGAUGGUGAUCUCAUGCUCUCCGACAUGGGGCAGGGCCUUCCGUUGCGCAACGCUGUUUUUGACGGGGCCAUCAGCAUUUCAGCAGUGCAGUGGCUGUGCAAUGCCGACAAGUCCUCACACAAUCCGCGCCUGCGCCUCAAGGCGUUCUUCCAGUCGCUGUACCGCUCACUGGCUAGGGGCGGCAGGGCGGCGCUGCAGAUCUACCCCAACGGGGCGCCGCAGCUGGAGAUGAUUUCCAAGGCCGCCAUGCAGGCUGGCUUCUCAGGGGGGCUCGUCGUGGACUACCCACACAGCACCCGAGCCAAGAAAUACUUUCUAUGUCUCGUAGCUGGCCCUGCAGGUAGCCGCCCAAUGCCCAAGGCUAAAGGGGGCGAUGGGGAGAGUGAGGAGAGCGAGGAUGAGGACGGUAGCGACGAGAGUGAUGGGGAAGGGAGGACUGUGGGUUAUGAGCAGCGGCAGAGGCAACGGCCUGGGAAGAAGCAGAAGCUGAAUGGGAAAGGGGCUAAGGGAAGGAAUUGGGUGCUGAAGAAAAAGGAGCACCGGCGGCAGCGAGGAGACAUGGAUGUUCCCAGAGACACAAAGUAUACUGCACGGAAAAGAAAGUCACGGUUCUGA